CAUGAGCACGUGACCGGGACUGAGUUUCACGGAAGAACAAAAUUCCUCUUUACCGUCAACAUAAAGAUUGGAGUUUUGGGAUUAUAACACGAAACAAAUGACCACAUCAUCGAUUUAGCUACGAUGAGUGAGGCCAAAAGCCACCGUGGGCACAGAGAGAGGCACGGAGGGGGCUACAGAGAGAAUCAACAACAACAACAGCGGACGCGACCUUCCUCCAACACCAGACCAUCUGACCAGUCCCAGUACAGCAGAAGAAACCAGUCAUCCCAGUCCCAACAUGGAAGAAGGACGACUUCAGAAGAAGUACAUGGAUCAGCGUGUACACACAUUUGCUCCCGGAGGGGUAUUGUGCUGAUGUGCGCAUUUCUGACCAACAUGUUGGUGUUGUUCUGUGUCGUGGCUGCUUACGUGACACUGUCAGGCAUGUCGGCUAUGAAGUUUGGAGGUGGGGGUUUUGCUGACGUUGUCCUCCCGUUUGAAGGGGCAGAGCUUCAGAAGGUGCGCGACCUUGACAUGCAGUUUACGCAAAUGAGAGCUCCUGGGAUCUACGGUGGCUUGGCUUUCAGUGUCACCUUCGGCGUGAUCUCUCUGUUUUUUGUCUUUUCAGGCAACAAGCCUGCCCAUGUGCUUUCACGGAAGCUCCUGGUUGGUCAGUUUUUAUUCCAGCUGAUUGGGGCAGUGGCUUAUGUCACUGCAGUGGGCCUGUAUCUACAUUUUGUGAUCAAGGUGAACUCGACGGAAGUGUGUAUGUUGCGUGAACGACUUUACGCACGUAACGGACAGACUUGGAUGAACUGUAACGUCAGUGGUGCGGAUGCAGCUGUGGCAUUGUUUGGAAUCAUAACAGCCAUUUUGUAUGCCGUGGGAACAUUUCUUACGGGUAGAACAAUUCAGUAUGUGAACUGGUACAGAAAGGGGCGUGCUCGCUACGAAGCAGAGACACCUGAACGACCACGCAAUACCCAGGACACACCCCUCCAGUCAGGAGUCUUUGUCUGAGCUUCAGAUCAAGAAUGAACGUAGAUGUUUGCAAUUUUUUUUUUUUUUUUUGUGCGUGCGCGGCGUGUUUUUUUUUUUUUUAAACAUUUUAUAACAAGCAUUUGAUCAACUAAUUAAGCACAUUGUUGUAAUAUCUUUUCUUAAAACUGUAUUUGAUAAGCGCAGAGUUCACUAGGACUUACUGUGAAUCAGUAACUAAGUGCAUUUAUAACUGUUGAAGUAAAUACUAAUUGUUAGAAUUUAUAUUCAUUAGAUCUUAAAUUUUAGCUGUUACUUAGAAUUCUGCUGGGUUGCUUUGUACCCUUAAUGUUGUAACCAGCAGGAGGCAGCAUACAUUUGUUGUUUACACUUUUUUUUUUCUUUUUUUAAAUAUAUAUAAAUACUUUAAAUUUUUUUUUUUUUUUUUUUUUUUUUUAAAUUCUCUGCCUGAUGAUUAGCCAUGACAGACAUUAGGCAGUCAUAGAGCAGGGGUUCUUAAACUUUUUGCAGUUGGGCACCCUUUCACCUGUUAAAUAAAUUAAUGAUAAACAGUAUAAUUUAAAUUAAUACAAUUUUAUAAAUUUUAUUUGGGGAGCCAUAGCCUAAUGGUUAUAGAAGCAGCUCUGGGAUCAAAAGGUUGCCGGUUUGAUUCCCUGGAUCAGCAGGAAUGGCUGAAGUGCCCUUGAGCAAGGCACCAAACCCCCAACUGCUCCCCAGGUUGCUCUGGGUAUGUUGUACACCGCUCUGGAUAAGGGCGUCUGCUAAAUGCUGUAAAUGUAAUAAACAUAAUCCACCUA